CAAUACUUGGGCGAGAACUCUCAAAAAUGCAUCCAGAUGCUGAACGUUACAUAGGCUUCCAAGACUAUCUAGAUUGUCUAUAUGGUGAUGAGGAUAUCUAUAGAGAACAAGUGAUGUUUGGUACUAGGAAACAUCAGAUCAUGACCCAAGUCAUGAGAAAGAAGGCAUUGAGCAAAGCUGAUGAGAAGAGGUAUAUUCUAGAUGAUGGAAUUACAACUCUUGCACAUGGACAUUACAAGAUCCCCACUCUAGCACACAUUGAUGAGGAGGCAGAGGAGGAGGAGGAGGAGGAGGAGGAUGAGGAGGAAGAGAUGAUUGACUCUCAAGAAAUUCCCAAGGUUCAGGCAGCUAGCAGUACUACAACAGCUAAACGGCUACAUUCCUCAUCACAUGAUGAGCUCAUUGAUAAAGUCAAUGAGUCAGGAAGCAGUACUAUCCCUGCUAAACGGUCACGUCCCUUAUCAAAUGACUAUAAAAUAGAAGGUGAUGCAUCCCAGUACAGCAUUUUGAGAAAAUUGCUUGAAAAGUGACGUCAUACCUCAUGCCAGGAAGUGUCAACAAUCCAUUGUGCAUACGCAACUGUCUCCACCCAUCGCUGGAUUCCCUUGAAGCAGUUAUUACAAAGUCAGUCGAGGUGUGCUCAUCCUGCUAUCAACAUGGGCUGUCAACAACAUCUAUAUCCAGUACUUCAAUCAGCAAUGGCGCCAGCAGACCCUGAAUCACCAUGCCCUUGCGGUGAUUGCAUGUUUGUCAUGAGUGCAAGGUGGAGUGUUGAGCCACUAUUCAACAUUGGAGAAGGAUAUUAUGAUCCUUUUGGAACUUUCGAGAAUUUUGCUGAUGUGAUUUCUUCAACAUUCCCAACAGCUACACUUCAUCCUUGUCACAAUAGACAGAUGAUGAUUCUGAACUUUCCUUAUAGCUAUGCAUUUUGUGAAAUGUGUACUAAUCUAGGACCAUUAUUUGACUAUGUGCUGUUAAACCUUGAUGAUUGAGAUGUUAUUUAUAUAUGUCUGAUAAUAUUCUUUGUAUCCAAUGUGUACUAGAG